GCUACACGAAGAUGGAUUUUUCGAGCACGCUUGCCGUCAAGCAUUGAAUCAAGGCGAGAUGCCAAGCUCGGAUGCUGACCGGACUCUGCCACAUUGUUCAGUAGUAGUUUGGCGUUGAACGGUUUCGGAAGUUUCGUGCGAUUCGACCCCUCUUUCCGGUGGUGGUGGCGUGGCGGUAAUAAAAUGUUAUCCGUUAGUAACCUGCUCAAAUGCAACGACGACGGGAAUAGCAAGAAACGAACAGACAGUGGAGGUGAAAUCAGGGAAGGAAAUGUUGGUGCAAUUGUUAAAUCCGGUGUGGUAAGCUCCAGUUCCGUUACGAAGUCGGGUGCAUUUUGUGGCAGCGCUCAAAUGUCAAGGAUACCGAAGUGUGCGCGCUGUCGGAACCACGGUGUGAUAUCAGGAUUACGUGGCCACAAGAAGAACUGCACCUACCGGAGUUGUAGGUGUCCGAAAUGUGAGCUGAUUUUGUCCCGACAGAAGAUUAUGGCUGCGCAGGUUGCAUUGAAAAGACAGCAAGCGGUGGAAGACGCUAUAGCUUUGCGGUUGGCAUCGACUGAAAUGGGAACUCAACUGGAGACACUUCCUCCUGGUAAAAUCUACGGCAUGACUGUGACCGAGCCAUGUGCGUCGCCUCAGCUUGGAUCACCCUCGUCGAUGGAUAUUUCGUCGUCCACCUCUUCCCCAUGCAGUGAAAAGGAGCCCGAUUCCGUCUGUAGCACUAAGUCUCAAAAUUCUAGUUCAAACGUUCCAGUGUCCCAAAAUGCUCUGGAUAUGCUAUCGCAACUAUUUCCCCACCGGAAACGAUCCGUGCUUGAAUUGAUACUUAAGCGUUGCGAUUCGGACCUGCUGAAAGCCAUCGAACAGUGCAAUAAAACACCGCCAGCCAGUGCGUUCAAACCUCCGGUUUCAUCAGCGUCUAUUAUCUCCCACCAUCAGUUUCCUGUGGCGCCAUCCAGCCCGCCAAGUUAUGCAUCGUUGAUUGCUUACCCGAAAUGGCUGCUUCCUAUGUCGAUUCCGGUGCCAAUGAGCCACAUUGCACCGAAUUUGGCUCCGCGGUGCACACUUCCAAAUUGUGUCAUGUGUGUACAUCAUCCGGUGUAAAUAAGGAGUCCCGUUUGUUAUUAUUUUAUUUGAAUAAGUGAAAUACAUUUUACAUGACGUUAAACAAAUAAAAA